UCUCUUUUCCUUCCAUAUAUUCUUCUCAUCUUCCAUCUUCCCUUUCUGUCGUCUUGGGUCUGCUUCUUUUUUGGCAUUUCAUUUUUUCCUUACUUCUCUUGAUUCCUUUUCCUUGGGCCGACUCUUCUUUUCCUUACUAGGUCUUGACAAAUACACACUCUGACAUCACCUGGAGUGAGAGAAAGAGAUAUAUCGGGAACAACUUCUUCCAACGAUCCUGUCGCAGAGAAAAAAGAAAGGAAAAAAAGGCACCAAACCCAACAACCGCCAACAUGAGGACAUCGAUACUGGUUUCGGCACUGUGUGCCAGCACCGCCCUCGCGGCCCCUACCUACCCACAGCUCAACGUUGACGCCGCCACACCCAGCUCCGUCGACGACCUGUCAGAGUACUUCAACCUUCUGGCCCAGAAGAUCUCCUCGGGGAAGCAGAUGUCCAGCUCGCCAACGUGCGACCUCAGCAAAGCAGUGCUGCCAGUAGCAUCAGCAUCUCCUCUCCCGACUGUCAACGCAGGCCUCACUCUCAAGCACGUCGCCAUUGGCCGCGGCACGCAAAACUACACCUGUGACACUUCCAACGCAACCGCCGCACCUACUGCCAUCGGUGCCGCUGCCACCCUCUUCAACGCUACUUGCAUCGCCAGCACCUACCCAGACCUGCUCGCCAUGCUUCCCGGCGUCGCCCUCAACUUCAACCUGUCCACCGCCUCCUCCUACCCGGCCAACCUCGUCCCAGCCUCUACCGAUGAGCGCCUCGCACCCGGUGACUAUAUGAUCUCGGGCCACCACUACUUCCUCGACAGCACCACCCCAUUCUUCAACCUCAACACGACCAACUGGGAGCUCGGCGAGGCCCCCUGCGCCAAGAAUGCCACCACCAACGCCCCUGCUGGUUCGCCAACCGGCCAGAGCGGAGACGGCGCCGUCGCUUGGCUCAAGCUGACGGCUCGUGAGGGCGCCACGGGGAAGCUGCAGGAGGUGUACCGGGUUGAGACAGCUGGUGGAUCGCCGCCGGCCACUUGUGCCGGCAUGGAUGCUGCCUUUGAGGUGCAGUACAGCGCGCAAUACUGGUUCUACGAGUCAGACUCAUAG